CUAGCUGAUUGACGGCGCGGGGAUAUCACACCACUCGGGUAGGACAGUAACCGUUCGAUUCUGCUCCGUAGGAAUACUAUGUAGGUUGGCCUAUAGAAGAGAAUGUAAGAUGGAGCGGGGGACCUGGUUGUCUCACACCACACCACACAGUGAAAUUAUUACCAUUGAGACUUGAGUACAUGCGCUUCGGGUAGGUGGUAAUAGUUUUCCAGCUCCGACUCCUACCUCGGAUCAGAUAAGCGGUGAUCCCAGAACAAGGCAAGCCAUAUUGCCAUUCACCAGUCUAACGGUGUUGCUACACACCAACUCUGAUCUAAUCUGAUGGAUAAGACAAUCCUCGUGAAAUGCCCACCUCCACCUCGCUCUAGGUUACGUAAAUAUGCUACAUUAUCUUUAUCCAUUCGUUUCUCUGCAUAGCAUAAUCGCUUGCUAGAAGUCACCAAGGACUCAGACUUGUUUCAGUGUGCGGAUAGAUACUAGAUCUCUUCCCUUUACAUUUCACUUACAAGGGCACUGAUUAUAGCUAUAUUAUUGGCUCUAAAGAUUUCGAUUUCGAGGCACGCGUUCGCCUAUAGCAGUAAUGAAGUCGCAUACAAGCCUCUCUGCAGCCUUGACAUGGGCAUUAGUCACUCUACAAACCAUACACGCGGCGACAGUGACAUAUGACUUUAACAUCAGCUGGGUGACCGCCAACCCAGAUGGCGCAUUCGAGAGGCCAACCAUAGGCAUCAACGGGGAAUGGCCGAUUCCGCGAAUAGAGGCAAAUGUGGGUGACAAUGUCAUCGUUCACGCUACGAACCAUCUUGGUAAUCAAUCGACCUCUUUGCACUUUCACGGCCUUUUCAUGAACGGUACGUCCCACAUGGAUGGCCCUUCGCAAGUCACGCAAUGUGGAAUCCCGCCAGGAUCGAGCUUCACAUACAACUUCACUAUCAACCAACCCGGUACAUACUGGUACCACUCCCACACCGGCGGCCAAUACCCAGAUGGACUAAGAGGACCAUUGAUAAUCAACGACCCAGAAUCUCCAUUCCUAGACCAAUACGAUGAAGAAAUUGUGCUCACCGUAUCGGAUUGGUAUCAUGAACAAAUGGCGGUCCUGCUCCCGGCCUUUAAUUCCAAAGGAAACCCCACCGGCGCAGAACCAGUACCACAAGCCGCCCUCUUCAACGAAACCCAAAACCUGAAAGUCGCUGUCCAGCCUGGAAAGACUUAUCUAUUCCGUAUGGUCAACAUUGGAGCCUUUGCGGGACAGUACAUCUGGUUCGAGGGGCAUAAUAUGACUAUCGUUGAAGUCGACGGCGUAUAUCACCAGCCAGCAGAGGCGGAGAUGAUAUACAUGUCUGCUGCGCAACGAUGUAGCUUUCUGCUGACGACUAAGAAUGAAACUACUGCCAACUACGCGUUCAUAGCGAGCAUGGACACAACCUUAUUCGAUACCCUACCGGAAGAUCUGAAUUAUAAUGUGACCGGAUGGCUCGCUUAUGACGAUGCUCGACCAUUUCCUGAGCCCUCUCUCGUCGAUGAGCUAGACCCCUUCGACGACAUGACGUUAAUACCGUAUGAUAAUCAGAGUAUCUUCGGCGAGCCCGACAAGACCAUCGAGCUGAACGUAAUCAUGGAUAACCUCAACGAUGGCGCGAAUUAUGCUUUCUUCAAUAACAUAACCUACAAAGCGCCUAAAGUACCAACCUUAUACACGGCACUUUCCGCCGGCGAGUUGGUGACAGAUCCCAGCAUUUACGGAUCUUACACAAACGCCUUCGUUCUCGAAAGAGGCGAGAUCGUGCAGAUCGUCGUCAACAACCUCGACACGGGCCGACAUCCUUUCCAUCUCCACGGACACCAUUUCCAGGCUCUAUACCGCUCCGAGGAAGACGCCGGCACUUUCAAAGAUGUCAAUGUUGCCGAGGCUGAUUUCCCCACGACCCCUAUGCGCCGGGACACGUUUGUCCUGUAUCCUACUGGGAACAUCGUUUUGCGGUUUCGCGCUGAUAACCCAGGCAUCUGGCUCUUCCACUGCCACAUAGAAUGGCACGUAACCUCAGGCCUCAUAGCGACCAUGGUUGAAGCGCCUUUAGACUUGCAGAGCAGCAUCACGCUCCCACAGAACCAUCUCGACGUCUGUGCCUCGCAGAACAUCGCCACAGUGGGCAAUGCCGCAGGGAACGCGGCAGAUUUCACGAAUCUAAAGGGCGAGAAUCGAGCCCCUAACCGUUUGCCAGACGGAUUCACAACCCGCGGAAAGGUAGCUCUGGCCUUUAGUAUUUUGAGCGGUAUCCUAGGCGUGUUAGCAGUAGCUGCAUACGGACUAUCCGCGGACCCAGCAGCAGAAGACGGGGGAAACUCGUCUAUAGAGCAACGUGCUACUGAAGCCGCCGGAUCAGUAGGUUCUAGCUCGUCGUCUAAUCAAGAAGGUGCUCCGGAGCCCAAGGGGGGCGAAGCGCUCGUCACGUCAGUUAAUGGUGGAGAUAGGAGUUGACCAUAGCUUUGAUUUUACUGACUCG